AUGGUAGAACUGUUUCAGGCAAAAGUUUGAGUUGUUUUUGAAAAAAAUCCUUUUCUGGUGAUUCUGGUGUGUUUGUUUCGAAUGUAAAGGCUUUUAUUCGAGUUUUGCGUCAGAUCUUUGUGUAUUCUUAGAAUUUGAUCAUGGCUGAUGAUGGAGAGCAGGUGCCUUCUAUCACCGUUAAGGAGCCCCUCGAUCUCAUCAGGCUCAGCUUAGAUGAAAGAAUAUAUGUGAAAAUGAGGAACGAGAGGGAGCUGCGAGGAAGACUCCAUGCGUACGACCAACAUUUGAACAUGGUGUUGGGGGAUGCAGAGGAAACUGUGACAACAGUUGAAAUUGACGAGGAAACCUAUGAGGAGGUAUAUAAGACUACCAAGCGCAACAUUGCUAUGCUCUUUGUAAGAGGUGAUGGAGUUAUUUUAGUAUCUCCACCCAUGAGAGCUGGUUUCUAGUACAUAACAAUUUUCAUUCCUAACUUUACUUUGAAAUCAUGACUGCAAAAUGUUUAUAAUAUUAGUAUUUUUAUCAAGCCACCUCUUUGCUGAAAUUUUUCCCAGCUCAGGUUUUGUUUAGUCUAUGCAAGUACAACGUAUGUUUUCUUUUCCUCAAACUUAUUUUUCUUUCCUAUCGAGGGAUUGUUGAGUUUAUUCUUUAUUUAGUCCUAAGUGUGCAUUUGAUCAGCACAGCAUUUAUGAGGCAUGUAUGGUAUGAAUACUGGAAUAAAUAAAUUUGGCUCUAUACAACUAGA